UUUAGUAUACAGGGCAGACUUUUUUAUUCUAAAAAACCAAAGAAGAUUCGGACCUAUGAAAGACGGGACUGACUCCUGAAUUUCCGCACAAUCGACGAUCGUCUAGUUAGCAAGUAGUUCGGUAGAACAAAUUAAUCUUGACUGUAACCAUGACAGACUUAAUAAAGCGUAUUUUGACGCUGUCUGGUUUGAUGGCCUCUCUUGCCUCGGCUCAGUUACCAUCAAACAAAAAUGGUUUCCUUCCCUCCCCUUUUUAUUUUUACAAUCCUGCAACGCUCCCGACCCUCGACUCUGCAACUGUCGGUAAUCCAACCUCUAAGCACGAUAUCACUUAUCACGAUUACCCUACAUCGACGCUGUUAGGAUCACACGUUGUAUUCCUAACAACUUGUCUGAAAGAUUUGAAAGAUUCGAACGAGAAAUUGGUACAAACGUCGAAACUUUUGGAGGAAAUAAAAAAUACGUCAACGAGUUCUAUCAUUGAAAAUGUUAAGAAUGAGUUGAACGGAAACACCCGACGUUUGGAGGAACUGGCGAAACAAUUUUCUAAAUCGAUUCAAGAUUUGAGCGAUGCCAGGACAAAAGUUGAAGCACUUACUUUAACAUCGGAGGAUACUAAACAACGUCUGACUGAAGCGAAUGUCGUGAUUGGAACUUUAAAAAACAAAAUCGGAGAUUUAACGGCGGAAUUGACAAAGAAUACUGCCGCCUCGUCGAUUGGAAAAAUCCCUACCUCGUGCGGGGACCUCCAGCAAAUUGGCCACAAAAAAAGCGGAUUGUUUUCCAUCAUGGGAAACAACAAAAUCGAAACCGUCUACUGCGAUUUCACUAAAUCUUCAAACGAUUCAGCUUUGCAAAAAUGGAUCGGAAAUGCGGGCGUUAAAUCUUUACCCGUCAUUUUCUAUGCUCAAAAAAAUAGUAAAUUCUCCACACAAGGUGUUCCUAUUCCAUUCGAACUGGAGAGACUCAACAUCGGUGGAGCCAUGAACGGGAAAACAGGAAAAUUCACAGCGCCACGCAACGGCGCUCUUGCAACUCGCGCUUCUGCUGAAGGUUAUUUAGAUGUGGCACUGAUGGUGAACGGUAAAGAAGUCGGAAGGGCCCAGUGUAAAUCCCAUGUAGGCAAUGAAUGGGAAACUCUAGCGCUCCAGUCGACGAUGGACCUCAAAGCGGAAGAUCAAGUUUGGUUGCAAAUUGUAGGAUUAAGCUCGAUUUUUUUGCACGACGAAAGUAACCAUUUUACUCACUUCAAUGGUUGGAUGCUUCAGGAAGAUAUUACUCCGUAG